ACAUCCGCGGCGUUGUCGUCAGCAGCCUCCUUGGAGGAGAUUUGCAAGGCGGCUACGUGGUCAUUGCCGUUCACCUUUUCCAGGCAUUAUAAGCUAGACGACCAUGAGGCGUCUAGGGCUGCUUUUGGUCGAAGGGUUCUUCAGAAGGUCCUCCCAAACCAGUGAUUUCUUCUGUUUCUUCUAUUCUGUUUGUUCUCUUCUGUCCCUCCCGUGGUGGGUGCUUUGGCAUCUCCCAUGUUGGGUGACCUCCUACACCAGCCGAGAAAGGUACAUUGGUACUCACCAUGAAGGUGUCUUCUGGCUGGUGUAGAAAAGGUCACCCAAGGCCCGCCCGGGUAAUUCUUCUGAGCCUGGGCUAUCCUUACUGUUAUUAUUGGCUCCCAUAUGGGCUCGAGGGUCUGUUGUGUGUUUUUUCUCUGUUUUUUGGCUCUCUAUGGACCUUGAGCUGUUGUAGGUACUGAGAGGAUCCACCCACAUGCAGGGGGUUUAAGGAUCUUCUAAGUAUGACUACUUCCUGCCUUCUGGAGCACGUGGAGGGAUGUAAUCCCAUGUUGGGUGACCUCUUCUACACCAGCCAGAAGACACCUUCACGGUUCUGGUGGGAGAAUCCCGGCGUCUUCAUCUUCCAGCAAUGCCUCACCCUGAGUGGACACUCCUUGUUGCGGCUCAUCUCAGACAACAUGCACAUCAAAGAGGUCCCGAUGGACUUCUUCAAGGUGAACCUGUAUCCCAGUGAUUUUGUGAACUGCCAGGAAAUCAGACCCCUUGACUUGUCUGGUUUGAAAAUCAGUGUAAUGUUCAGGGUAUCUUUCGCUCAUCUUGGGGUGAUAAUGUUGGAGUUACUUCCAGCAGCAGGGGGAGAAAAUGGAGUGUGAGAUUUCUGUUUGGGGUAUAUAUAAAUAUCUGUAUUUUAGUAUAUGGCUUUUUAGAAUCAAGUGCUUCGAAUCUAAGGAUUGCUAAUGUGUCAUGGAGGAAAAUGGAUUUGUAUUGAUUUGCGGUUGGGUGUGGCAAAUCCUUGUUUUCUCUAAUAAAUAUGUUGAAUGUAUGAAUCCUUUUGUGGACAAUCUCAGUCUGGAAAUAUAGAAAGUUGUUUAAGAAUUCUGAUCUUUCAUCUGUGUAGGCUAAUAUUCGCUCCUACAAGCAAUGAUGGUUUUCCAGCAAAAGGGAAACUUGUCCUGGGCAGUGUUCCUUGUAACAGAGAUUCCCAGAUGUUGUUGACUACAACUCCCAUCAUCCCCCAGCUGCAAUGGCCUUUGGCAAGGGAGUUCCAGAGACCCUCAGCUUGCGGAGAUCUGGGUCAGAUACUUACUCACUCUGUGGUUCUUAACCCUUUUUGCAUUGAUACUACUCCAGAUCCUCUAGUAGUAUCUGUGGACUCCCACCCCUGAUCCUUUUUAUACUUUUAUUUUUCUUGAAUUUUAUUUAUACAGUUCUAAAGGAUGCAUUAUUAUUAUUAUUUUUAUUUAUGUAUUCGAUUUCUA